CGGGGGACCCAGCAGCAGCGCCCCCCCGUGAGCUGCCGCCCAGCGCCCAGCGGGGAGGGCAGGCGGCUGCAGCCGCCUCCAGCGCCCCAAGCUCCGCCCUCAGGGCCGUCCCAGGUGGUCCGGCUCUUGGCCUGGGCAGGAGCCGCCGAGAGCCUCUGCUCAGCUCAGCUUCACGCAGCGCCGGGGAGCCCUGCACGGCUCUGGCUGGUGCCUCCGCCCCGCCGGGUCGCUGGGCUCCUGCCCCCUCUGAGGCUGAACCCCUGCGCCCAAGGUUCAACAGUGUGGCCAAUCUUGAUUCAUACACUCACAGCAAAGCCUCCAUCUGUCUCAUGGAUUAUAGAUCUAAAUUGAUGGCUUCAGUAACAGAUGCCAGAUACAGACACAACGAUGCUUCAGACCAAAAUUUCGAUUACAUGUUCAAACUCCUGAUCAUCGGCAACAGCAGUGUGGGCAAAACAUCCUUCCUCUUCAGAUACGUUGAUGACACUUUCACACCAGCUUUUGUUAGCACAGUCGGAAUUGAUUUCAAAGUGAAAACUGUUUACAGGAAUGACAAGCGGGUGAAACUGCAGAUCUGGGAUACUGCUGGACAAGAGAGAUAUAGGACUAUCACUACAGCCUAUUAUCGAGGCGCGAUGGGGUUCAUCCUGAUGUAUGAUAUCACCAGUGAAGAGUCGUUCAAUGCAGUGCAGGACUGGGCCACUCAGAUCAAGACCUAUUCCUGGGAUAAUGCUCAAGUCAUUGUGGUUGGAAACAAGUGUGACAUGGAGGAUGAAAGAAUCAUUCCUCUGGAAAAGGGUAAACAUCUGGCUGAUCAGUUAGGUUUUGAUUAUUUUGAUGCCAGUGCCAAAGAGAACAUCAAUGUGAGACAGGUCUUUGAGCGCCUAGUGGAUAUAAUCUGUGAAAAGAUGUCAGAGAGUAUAGAGUCUGACCCAUCCAGAGGCAGUUCUGGGAAGAACAUGCGACUCACAGACAGCCCACCCUCUUUGCAGCAGAACUGUUCCUGCUAGUGAUUUUAAUCUCUGUGAAAUCUCUCUCUCCCCUUCCCUGAACACACUUUAUCUUUUCACAUGUGAUGCUGUAUUACCAUAUCGUCUAAAGAUUGAAGUUUCUGUUAUAGUGGAAAUGGACGUGGCUGUUAAAUGUCCUGGAAAGUUUAAUGUUAAAUACAUCUAAUACACCUAAUAUUGUAAAACAAACAAAAAACCUAAAUAUAUAUUGUAAGUGCACCUAGUGUUAAUGGGUGAAUUACACUGAACUGUAAGAAUUUUAUAAUACUAUAAAUGUAUGUUUAGAUUAUUCCCAUAGAGAAUGUUACUUUGUUGUUAUAGGCCCUUUUGCUGGGGAGAGAGCUCUAUACCAAUAUGCAGCUCAACCACUGAUAAAGAGCACUGAACAUAAAAAAGAUCAGAAAGGAAAAGAUUUUAAAAAACAGAAAAGAAGAAACCCAGAGUCCCCUCACAAAACAGGAAAGUAAAUCCUGUCUUUACAUCCCAAAAACCCAGAACAUCUCAAGACUUUGGGGAGGAGAUGACCAUGCUCUUUGAUGUAAAACUCUGCUGUUUUGUUUGAUGCAGCAGGACUGGGUAGCAAGACGGAUCCAUUUCUAUUUGAUACACUGGGACCACCAAGAAAAUCAAGAGAAUGGGAGUUGAAUAUCGUGCCAUGCCUCUUCAGAGGUUUAGCAUAAGAAUCAGAGCCGAAGCAGAGAGCGCUUCCCUAAUUCUGGGCUCAUGCAGGGCCAAGUAUAGCACAUUUAACCUUGAAUGCCAAUAUCUCAGACCACAUUAUUGGGAGCCAACAUGUGAGUGUUUGUAACCAGUCUGUCUUGUUGCUCUUAAACUAAGUGACCUACCAGAACAGCAGUUAUAUCUACUUUUAUUUAUUAUUUAUAUUGCCAUAGCACCUAGAAGACCCAGUCAUGGACCACAACCUCAUUGUGCUUGGAGCUGUACAGAUAAAGAACAAAAAGGCGGUUCCUGCCCCAAAGAGCUUACAAGCUAAGUAGUGAAAUCUACCUGCAGAAAGUCCUGAGCUUGUAGUCAAGGUUAACUCCCAUGAUAUAUUUGUGGGGGCUUUGGUUAUUAAAGGGAAAGAAUAAUUAAUUUUGUUUUAUUAUCAGAAUAAUUACUUUUCUUCAGCAUGAUAAUUAAAUGAAUUAAAUAUAGAUUUAUAGGGAAACCUCCAAGGGACAAAUAGUACAGUGCUUUAUAUAAUACAACUAACCCUCCAGCAAGGAAACCUGGGGAAAGAUAACCCGUGCACGCAAAACUAGAGUUUAAGCCCAAGGCAAAUCUCACAGAGCUUCUGACAUACCUACCCCUCGUGAGGAGGUGCUUGAACUCCGGCAUAAAAGAAAGAGGGCAUGACACUCUUAGAAGUCAGCAGAAAACUGUGCAAAGUCCAGUUCAUCCCAAAAAACGAUCAUCCCUUUUGCAUGGCUUUCAAAGUCCCCUAGCAAAAUGGAUCCAUUUGGAGUCAUGCUGCUAUUAAAUCCCACUUUCACACAUGUACAAUCCUUCCCUGUUCCCUUUGAGUUGCUUCAUGCACUGGAGGGAGUUACUGCAGCCAGUAAUAUCUAAUGCAUUGAUUUCCAUUGGAAAUCAGCAUGGUAGUUUUUGGUUUGGGACCAUCUCCAAUUUUACCUAGAAAGAGCUUCUAACUAAGGCUUCUAGAGACACUUUCUUAAAACUUAAAUAUAUGUUUUCUAGGUAAUUAAGGGCCCAAUCCUGCUCCCACUGAAGUCAGUAGGAGUUUGGUUGCAAUGGGAACAGGAACCAGCACCCUCGUGACUAUUAACAUUAUCAGAAUGGUUCUAAUUCUACAGUGGUUGAUUAGAUAAUGUUAGAAACAUGGAGGAGAAACACCAAAGGCUGACAUAUGCACAUGUAUGGUUUUAUGGAAUGACAAGUCUAUUUAACCAUCAGACACAUAUACAAGAACAUCCAUACUCGGUCAGACCAAUGGUCCAUCUAGCCCAGUAUCCUGUCUUCCGACAGUGGCCAAUGCCAGGUGCUUCAGAGGGAAUUAACAGAAUAGGUCAUCAAGUGAUCCAUCCCGUGUCACCCAUUCCCAGCUUGAUUCAGAGUAUUCACUUGAUUCACUUCAGAGUAUGGUUUUGCAUCCCUGCCCAUCCUGGCUGACAGCCAUUGUUGGACCUAUCUUCCAUGAACUUAUCUAGGUUUUAUUUAAACCCUGUUAUAGUCUUGGCCUUCACAACAUCCUCUGGCAAAGAGUUCCACAGGUUGACUGUGCGCUGUGUGAAAAAAAUACUUCCUUUUGUUUGUUUUAAACUGGCUGCCUAUUAAUUUCAUUUGGUGACCCCCUAGUUCUUGUAUAAUGAGAGGGAGUAAACAGUACUUCCUUAUUUACUUUUGCCACACCAUUCAUAAUUUUAUAGACCUCUAUCAUAUCCCCACUUAGUCGUCUCUUUUCCAAGCUGAAAAGUCCCAGUCUUAUUAAUCUAUCCUCAUAUGGAAGCUGUUCCCUACCCCUAAUCAUUUUUGUUGCCCUUUCCUGUACCUUUUCCAAUUCCAAUAUAUCUUUUUUGAGAUGAGGUGACCAGAUCUGCAAACAACAGCAUGCAUACAGCUCAGCUAAAAUGAUCAACAUGGAUCUUAAAAGCUAAGAUGUUCCUCCUAUUAACCUUGAUCAGCCUAGCUGUUCUGCCUUGCAAAGGAGAACUUUUCCUUUCAACUUGGUCAGCUGACAGAACAAACUCUGUGGAGGGAUAGAUAUCAAGUUGUAUGCAACCCUAAAAUUAAAUGGAAAAAUCCACCAGCAGGAGGGCCUGUAAUGUGUAUAACACCACAGUUCCAAUCCCCAGCCUGGUUUAUGUGUUACAUGUAUUUCUUGUUUUCACAUUGUUCUUGACUUUUAAAAAAAUUUGUGCUAGAAGGUUGCACUUAGGAUGACAUUAUUGCUUCUAGUUUCAGACUUAAAUACAAAGUAAAAAAACUUCAGAGAAGAAGGAAUUCAUAAAAAUAAUGAAGGCAUAAAAAUGGCAACAGUGAACAACAGAUGACUGAGAUCCUGAAAAACUGAAAUAUCAACAUCCCAUGGCCUGCUUCUUUCUGGGAUGCAAUUUUUACAGUUUAGAUAUAGCAUGCCUUUAAACAUCCAACAUUUCUGACACUAAGGGUAUUAUAUACAAAAUAUCUAUAUGAGUACAAUUGUGUGUGGAUAUAUAUGUAGUAGCCAGAUUUGUAGCGUGUAUAUAUACACAAACAUGUGGGAGGCUACUUUCACAAAUCUCUCAAACUUUCUAGGCCACAUGUCUAUUUGCUCAUAUAAUUAUUUAUCAUAGGAUCAUAGGACUUGAAGGGACAAUGAAAGGUCGUCUAGUCCAGGCCCCUGCACUCAUGGCAGGACUAAGUGUUAUGCACACAGACUCAAAUGUGAGAGUACAAAUGGCAUUUGUACAUACAAAUCAGUGAUGUUAAAUUAGCCUAUUUUUUUUGCACACAAAAUUGCAAAUUUAGGCCAGAGUUGUGCAAGUUAUUCUGUGCAAGUGGCCGUGGCGUCAGUGAGGUGAUCACUGAAAUUGGUGGGGUGCCGUGCAGGGAUCUGUCCACUGCACUGUAACUAGCAGGAUUAGGGCCUCAGGCUGCCUUUGAAAAUGUGUCCUUCUGUCAUACCUCAAAUGCUUUUAAUACGAAGGCUAGUAAUUUUCCGGCAUGGAAAACCAACUAGACUUAAUGUAGCUUCUAUAUCUAUCAUGCUAGUGAAUCAAAGCCUUGAUAUAGUGUGUGUUUGGAUAUUGCUAAUUCUUGCUCUCAAAAGUCGUCUCUCUAAAAUAAAUGCUCUCUUUUGUGGGGUAUUUCUAAUCAGGUGGUGAACAUGCAAUUUGUGCAGCGCUAGGAGUGUACAUAUUGUAUCUAUAUUUAUGAAGCUGACAAAAUAAAAAAAUAUUAUUUAGUCUCUGAA